AUGGCAGCCGAUAUCUCGGAUAUCAAAAUAGAGUCUUCUACCAACGCUCUCCAAAUUCCAGAAGGUGUUCCAGAAGCAGUGAAAGAAGCCGUCGAGAGAUCAGGAAAGAAUCCAAUGUCUCUAUUCACAGAACUCUAUCAACAACUAGUCGGAAAUACUCCAGUUUUCGAUUACUAUGUCCGAAAUUUACCAGAAAAUCGUAUAAACUUUGUCUGUGUUGUUGAGUUGGAUGGACAAAGAGUGGAAGGGCUUGCCAUGUCGAAAAAGAAAGAUGCGAAGAUGUCAUGCUCAUGGAAGGGCUUGGAAAUUGUUCUGAAACUCGUGGAGAAUACAAAAGCUCCACAUGUUAAGUUUAUGGAGCAGACAACGUUCUUUGAGCUGUUGAGAGAGCAUACUUAUGCCAAGUUUUAUGAACUCUGCACAAUGGAAACUGAAAUCUAUGGCUACGAAAAAGUGAUUGCAUCGAUUUUCCUUCAAAUCAACGAUAAAUUACAACUAAUUUCUCUUGCCACCGGAAACAAAGGACUCCGUGGAGAUCAAAUCACAAGCGAUGGAAGUGCUUUAAUCGAUUGUCAUGCUGAAAUUCUCGCUAGACGAGGCCUUCUGAGAUUCUUGUAUUCGGAAGUCUUGAAAUUUUCUGGAAGUGCCACCUCUUCGAUAUUUGAGACCGGGAAAAUUGGAAAAUUGGCGUUGAGACAGGGAAUUUCAUUCCAUUUAUUCAUCAACACAGCACCGUGUGGAACCGCCAGAGUUGAUCGAAAAGUCCGAACUGGAACUGCCGAAGAAGAGCAAGCCCUAUCUCGUCUUCGUUUCAAAAUAGACAAAGGAAUGGGAACUGUUUUGGGUGGAGCCGAAGAGUUCGCAGAUCUUCAAACGUUUGAUGGAAUUAUGUCAGGAGAGAGAAUGAGAACUAUGUCUUGCUCAGAUAAAUUAUUGAGAGCCAACGUGUUAGGAGUCCAAGGAGCACUGCUGUCGCAUUUCAUUGAGCCGGUCUACUACGCUUCCAUCGCUGUUGCCGAACAAAACAAUUUCGUUCGGAUGAACAAAGCAGUAUACACCCGUGCUUCUUCAUUCAAACCACCUGCUCCAUUCCGCGUAAAUCAAGUAAAAAUUGGAGAAUGCCAACAGGAAGAUGUUGAACAAUCCACGUCAGUCUCUGCUCGGUCUGCUGUAGGAUCUAUGAAUUGGAAUUUGGCUGAUGGAACAGUUGAAAUAGUUCGAACAUUUGACGGGAAGGUUCAUGAGAAGGAUAUGACUGGAGCGGAUGUUGAGAAACCAUCGAGAUUGUGCAAGAAAUCGUUAGUCGAGUUGAUGGUAAAGACCUGUUUCCUAACCAAAACUCCUCUAGACGAGUCCAUGACGUACGAAGAAAUGAAAGCUGGAUGUCUGGACUACUCUGCAGCCAAAAAGUCAUUCAUCAUGUGGCUUCGUCGCCAAGAUCUCGGAAUUUGGCAACAAAAACCGCGCGAGUUCGAAAUGUUCCAUGUCAAUUAA